AUGAGCAACCAUCGUACUCUGCAUGUAUUAUCCAUAUCACACGGUCGGGCAAUACGACGGUCUCGAUCUGAAGAGCAUUUGUCUUCUAGCUACAAAGCCGAAGAAGAUCUUAAUAUAAGGAGGGAUUCGGUGACAAUCAGGACAAUCCCGAGUUUUUGUCCAGUUGGGAAACUGACAGUGCAGUAUAUAAGCAAAGAACAGCAAGAAGCAAGAAAAAGUAUAGAAGAAUUUUCUGGGAAUCAAGAGAAACAAAUUAGAAGGAGGAACAGAAGCGAAGGAGAUUUGCAACUAACUGAGAGAGGGCAAACGGAUUCAUUAGAUACCACAGCUGGUUCACAGCCUUGGUUAAAAAUCACAAUGUCCUUGGUACCGGCUGCAUCCCCCCUUAAAACUGUCCAUGGUUUGGAAGAGGCUCGAGAUACCAUCAAGAAGCUCAACGAUAGCCUUCUGAAGGAGAAGAGGCUAUCAGAAACGAAGGACAUGACUAUUGAAAAUUUGCGACAUGAGAUAAAUCUCUUGGAUCAAGAACUUGUUGAUAAACGUAAAGAGAAUGACAAACACAACGAAGAAAUGCGGAAAUUACGAUCGAAAACAACUGCACUAGAGACGGAGAAUAAAAUUCUGGAGAGACAAGUGAAGAUGAUGAAUGAAUCGAAUAAACGACUUCAUAACGAGCUACACGAGUUACGAAACAAGCUUCGGAUUCAGGAAACCAAAGUCGGAGAGCUUCGGGUGCAGAGGUCGGAAGCCGUUCGGAAGUACGCUCAUCUUCUACAAACAAGCGUUGACAAAGGAACACGGCUACGAUAUUUUCUGCAGCAAUUGCAAAAUGAGAUUUUGGCUCACAGUGUAACCUCGAAGAAGUUUCAUGUGCAAAAACAAGUGCUGGAAGAUCUUAUGAAAGAAGACAGCGAAGAAGAUCUACAGUUCAAGAAGUACGGGUUAAUAUCACCGCGAAAGAUGAGAAGAAGCUCGUGUUUGUUGUCAGAGGAGGAAAAGCAAAUCCUGCGCAAAGAGUUGGAGGUUGCUUUGGGAAGCAAAAAUAACAAAAGACCAGACAAAAGUAUCCCCAUUGAAAAGCUGACGACAGCUACUGAACGAAUUGUUACUGAGGGCUUAAAAUCUCGGCUGGGGAAAGACAACGAAGAAACCUCGCAAAUGUCGAAGUUGAUCGAGGAGGCGAAGUACCAGAUCAAAGGUUUGGACCGGAUAGAAUCUUCACAUGUGGAGACCUCCAAAAGGCUAGAGGACAAAGUUGGAACGCAAUUAAAAGUGCUGGAAGGCGAACUCAAAGAUUUGUCCAACGAGCUAAAAUUGGCGCAGAUCUCAAAGAGAGAAGACGAGGAAAAACUUAGAUCUAUCAGAAAAUUCUCGGUCGCAGAUAAAAAAGUUGACAGUAUCAUUCUAGCUCGAAGAACAUCCCAAAUUGAAAAGUUGGAGCUUGAAAGCGUCAUAAACAGCAUAGAGAGAAGAAUGAGCGAAGACACUAACACCCCUAUGUCGCCGAGAGAGGCUGAAAUGUUGUCAAUGAAGCAUAAAAUGGCUGAAGUGCUGGAGGACAAGCUAAUGCUUUCAGAUGAGCUGAUUGAGUCUCGUACCAGUCUCUCUAAUUUGGAGAAUCUACUGGAAAGCAGGGGUCUGGAAAAUAAGAAAAUGGAGCAAGAACUCGAGGAAAAAGAACAGCGAAUUUCAGUGGUACAGGAACAUUUGAGGGAAGCAAGCAUUGAAACUUAUAAUCUUAAGGAAGAGCUAGAGGCCACAAAACAGGAGCUUUCGGCGAGAAGAAGAGAGGAAAUAGCACAAUCGGAACUAAAAGCCAAAGAUCGACCUCACAGGGUUGAAUUAAAUUUUACACCUACCAGCCAGCCUGCAUUGGAACAAAAGGCAUGGAACGUAAAGAAGGAGUCAUCUAGAGUGAGAAGUAACAGCCCCUCCCCAGAACCAAGCACGGAAAGUUCUCCACUCAAACGAGAAGACGAAGAAGUACAAGUUGGUAACGAACCACCGAGUCCCAGACCACUUCAGAGAAUUCGAUCUGAGGAGGAUCUACGUAGAAGAACUUUAAGAAGGACGUUAUCCUUAGAUCCGAAAGGAUGGGAAAGUUCUCUGCAAGGUUUAGAAAGAAGAAGGUCAUUAGAUCCAACAGAUUUUCGAACUAAACAGGAGCGCAAAGUUACCACAACAAAGCUGAAGUUGGUACGGCGAGCAGAUAAAGCGAUUCAGGCAGAAAGUAGCGAACAACUUACCAAGGCGCCAGAAAAUUUCACAGAUUUUGAACCUACAAGAGAAGCCUUGAACAGAGACAACCAAGAACUUAGAGUGAUUCUCGGAAAGCAAGACGAAGAGAUCGCAAGCCUCGUAAAUGAGCUCGGAAAAAUACGAGAUUCUGCCGAGAGUGGAGAAGACAGUAUGCCUUUUAACUAUCCCAAGAGAGUGUCUGAACUGUGGACGUCCCUUGAAGGGGCUAGGAAGGAAAAAGAAGAAGGAGAAAAAAGGAACAAAGAGCUGCAAGAUGAGCUUGAAAGACAACAACGAGAGAUACAAGCUAUCAUAAGGAAUUUGAAACGAGAGAACCCCCAGUUACCGUUUGAAGCUAGGGACAGUUUCAAAGCAAGCCUACAAACCGAGAGAAAAAAUUACUUUGAAAAGGGAAACCCAGAUUCUCAGCAAAGUCGUAGCUUGCAAGAGUUUGUGAGUGCAAAUGAAACAAAAAACAUGAAACAUGAAUUCGUUUUCGACAACGAAGACGGCCGACGGAUUCCUAACGAGCUUCAGUUAGAGGUAUCAUCGUGGGACGGCGACACGAUUUCGACCUUGGAGUCAUUUAUCAAUCUUAUGAAGAAAGAUCUGGCGACUUCUUUACAACAGAGUAAAGAAUUGGAAACAGAGCUCUAUAGAAAGGAAGAAGAUUUACGAAAAGCUAGAAAGGAGAUAGCGCUGCAUGAAGGUAAACCCCCUGAACUGACAGCUCGCUUAGAUGAAAGAGUCAAUGGGGAAGAUAGGACUGCCAGAGAAGUUAUUACGUUACAAACUAAAGUCGCGGAACUGACUGCUUUGUUAGAAGAGACAAAGAAGGAAAAACUUAAAACAGAAGAAAAGUGCGAGAGAUUCACAUCACAAAUUUCAGAACUGAAUGCAGCAUUUGGUCAAAUAAGGGAAGAAAAUGCUCAUCUCGUAAAAAACAUUGAACAGUACAAAUCUCAAAUUAAUGACUUACAAAUUUCUCUUGAAGAUUCAAAGACACAUUUACUCAGAGCGGAGAAGGAGAUUCAAGGGUUCAAAUCUAAAAUAAUAGACCUACAAAUUUCUCUGGAUGAAAUAAAGGCAGAAAAAGAUGAGGCGAAUGAAAUUAUUGAGCGAUCAAUAUCUAAAAUUCCAGAGUUAACGGCCUUGCUGGACAAUGCUAAUGAAGAACUCGGUACUGCUAAAAGGGAAAUUGAAAUGUACCAAACUGAAAAUUUGGAACUGAAAUCACACCUGGAGAACACAGAACAUGAAACUCGCAGUUCUCUGGAUGAAAUUGCUCAAUACAAGUCUCAAAUUUUAAUUCUGGAGGCGUCGCUUGAGAAAAUUAGGAAAGAGAAUGCUAGUUUAAGAGAAGAAGUCAGACAAGAUAAGUCAGAAAUUUUAGAUUUGAAAGCUUCGCUCAAAGUUAAAAGGAAAGAGAACGAGUGGGCAAUUGAAGAAAUUGAAAGAUACAAAUCCCGGUCGGAGACCUUGAGAGAGUCGCUUGAUAAUGUGAAGAAAGAAAACAAUGACAAUUUGAAGGAAAUUGACGACUACAAACAACAAAUUUCUGAUCUGAAGACUUCACUUGGUCGAUCAAAGAAAGAGAGCGCCAAUGUAACGAAAGAGUACGAGUUGUACAAAUUUGAAAUCUCCGAUUUGCAAACUUGUCUUGAUGCAGAAAGAAAGGAGAAUCGUGCUGCAGCAGAAAAAAUUGAUAAAUAUCAAUCCGAAAUCUCUAGUCUGAAAGACUCUUUGGAUAAAGCAAACAAGGAAGUUAAUGCCAAACAUUGUGAAAAUGAGCGCUACAAGAGUCAGAUUUCAGACCUGCAAGCUUCGCUUGAAACAGAACGUGAAGAAAAUCUGGCAGCCAGGAGACAUAUUGUGGAAAAUGAAUCCGAGAUUUGUGAUCUAAAUAGUUCUCUGCAACAGGCCAAGAAAGACAAGGAAACAAUGGUGAAAGAUAACCAACGAUGCAAGUUCCAAAUCUCUGAUCUACAAGUUACCCUUGAAGACGUAAGAAAAGAAAAUCUCGCCUCAGCGGAGAAAAUUACGAGGUAUGAAUCUGAACUGUUUGACUUGAAGAAUUCUUUCGAAAAGGCAAAAGAAAAAACCAGCCCUAACGAUGACGAAAUCGAAAGUUAUAAGACUCAGAUCUCAGAUUUGCAAGCUACAAUCGAAGAUGCAAGGAGCGAUAAAGAAAGAUGUCAAAAUGAACUUCAGAAUGAAAUAAAAAAGUGCGACGAGAAAGAACAGGAGCAUAAAAUGAAGGAAGCAGAAACGCGACUUGAGAUGGAACGACUGAAAACUAGUAACUCCAAACUCCAAAUUACGAUCAACAAUUUGAAAGCUCAGCUCAUGGAAGCCGACAAAAAGGUGAAAGCCUUGGAAGAUCAGAUAGAAGAAGACAACAAAACCAUUGCACAACUUAUGGAGGAGCAAUUAGGAGUUAGUCGAUUACAGGAACAAGUUAAAGUUUUAGAAACAAAACUCGGUGUAAGGGAUAAGAACUUGGAACAUAAAGUGGAGGAAAUCAUAGAGAAAAAUAAACUUAUUGAGCACUUACAGUUAGAGAAAGACAAACUCGAGCGAUCAUUCGCAGACGAUUCACUGAAACGCGUAGAAGAUCCUUUAUAUUUUGACUCUGUUGACGGAGAAAUCAUAAGCGAAACAGCUGCAGCUCAAAGUUUAUCUCAGAGUCUUCCGGUAGAUGGCACAAAUGUUGAAGACAUUGAGGAGAUAGGAAACGAGGUCGUAGAAGUCAAGGAACAAUUACAAACUCUUCAAGUCGCGCUGGACGAAAUUCAGAAGGAAAAAGGAUAUUUAGAAGAAACUGUGCGGCGACUUCAGAACGAAAAGAUCAAUCAAGAAAAGGAAUUAGAAUUACUAAGGAGACAGGUCCAAAUUCUCGAGGAUAGCGUAAAGGACACAGAGAAAACACUGGAAAAGAAUGCACAAAAGAUGUUAGAGAAAGAAAACGAACUGCAUGAACUCAUCAACGAAAAAGUAGUGAAGACGAGUCAGAUUGAGAGUUUAAAAGCAAGCUUAACUGCGGCGCUUCGCGAAAGAGAUUCCACACUGACAGGUAAGCGAGUUUUCAUUGAUGAUUUACCGGUAAUGAGCUAUUAAAAUUAGAAGUGUUCGGAAAGACUAAAAUUAGGAAUGUUGUGGCUAUGUGUUUGGGAAUUGUUUAGGCCUGUUAGGUUAUCUUGAAAUCGUUGUGCGAGUCUUGUGAGCCUUGGUUUGUCAUGUGCUGCAAGACCACACAUUUAUUUUAACCUUUUGAGUGAUGUGUCUUUGUAAUAGGGCUCAAUUCUCAUACAAUAAUCGUGAUCGCCAGUCGUGUUUGGGUUUGUCUUUGACCUUGCUUAGAGUCCUCAACGGGAGGUUUUAUUUAGGUUUUAGUUCUCGAAGAUUGAUUGUUUUUCAAGUACUUUGUUGUUCAUUUCGAAUGUCUUAUGGAGUUGUUUGGGUUAGCGUUCUAAAAAUGUGUUAACUCUGCCAAGGUCAGUUAUCCCGUAAGCCCAAACAUGCCUAACGAUAGCAUAUUUAAGAGCGUGUACCUAGGGCUGAAUUAGAGAGACUCGGUCAUUCAGAUGAAGAGCCAUUCCGAGUCAUUAAGCAGACAGAGAAUAAAAGUUCUUGGUCAGAUUCCUGGUUCCCACGUUUGCGCGAGUUGAUUAAGCUAGUUAACCUCAGCAAUCCCACAAGAUUGAACGAGGAUUUCAAGAUAAUCUAACAGGCCAAAACAAUUCCCAAACACUUGACCAGAACAUUCCGAAUUUUAAUAGUUUCCAAACACUACUAAUUUUAGUAUAGUUCAAAACAAUAAGUACAAAUGAUGCUUCGCAAAAUCACCUACAAAACUGAUUGGAUAAUAACAGUUUACAGGUUUUGGGCGCCGAUGGAUCAUGACUAUGACUAUGCCUGGUUGUUUUUUUUGGCAUAACACGAUCAUCUUUGCAACGUUCCAAAUUACUACAGUAAUGCAAGACUCCUUUGAUUUUUACCUUAAGUUCUGCUUACUCAAAAAGGAUGUUCUACACUCUCCGUCUUCUUUCUCAUAGCCGGCCGAAAUAUCAAAAUGUCGUUAAAAAUUGAUAUGACCAAAUUAUUAUCAAAAUUAUUUAAACAAAGUCAUUUUGAGGUGGGGUUACGCCGAAUAAACUUCUCACACCCAGCAGUUAUCAAUUGUAAAUUUCCCUUACAAUCAUUUAUACAUUAACGAUGAAAGAGAUAAGGAGAAUUAUAAAAGUAUUAUCUAGGAGAUAUUGCCUUGAUAUAAGACCAAAUUCUCACGAACAAUCAAAUAAGAAAUGUGUGAUCAUUAGUUCGGAGAAUUAACUUUUUGACCAUUUUACGGCUAACGGUUGAAAAUUGAAACCCUCUACAAGGCGGCAGUGCCCGCAAAACCAGAACACGAGCUUAAAGACAGCUGUGAGAGAUUUAUAGUUGGCGGUAGACCGUUAGUGACCGGCUUUUAUCAAAACCCCUGUAGAGUCAUCCAAAUUACAACAAAACUUUGCAAUAAUUGUUUUAUUUUCACAAAUCUCACUAAAACCUAUGUAUGAAGCUAAUCAAGUACAAACGUUUUCAAAAUGUACGAAUAUGUACAACUUUGACUGAAAGUAAAGAAAAAAUUUUAAAAAGGUGGCUUUCAUUAUGUGCUGAUAACCUUGUAAGUUUACAAACAUACAUUCAAGAACUAGGAAUUCCCAAAGGGAAUGUCCUUUUUGUUCAGAGCCUCUCAUUACGCUAUGUGUGCGAAGCAAAAGGCUAGCGCUUAAUUAAAAAGGAAAAAACAACGUCAAUUAAUGACCACACAAAAAAAAAACAUUACUUUUGCAUUGUCCUAGAUAUAAGUUCUUGAUUCGCAUAUAUCUUAAACAUAAGACAACCUUUGUACGUUAUGAUAACGUUUGUUGACUAAAAUCAUUAAACAACAUUUGCCAUUACCACUGCAAUUGGGCCUCACAAACGAAUUUGAUAAGGCCUUCGUGUGUUUUCAGAGUAACAAAGAAAGAACAAUCAAGUGUGAUUUCUACUCAACUUUUGGCUGCGCUGUCAUUCAAUUACUAAUGACAUGCUCCUUGAACCUUUUAAUUUGCUAUUGAUCAUUUCAAAUAUUUUCUUAGCCUAACAACUUGAAAACAGUGUCAAGCAAACGGGUCUUGAAGUAAAAAAAAAAACCUUACCAUCAGGCCGAUGUUGUCUUCGAUUCUUAUGAAUAACUUACAAAGGAACAUAUAACCAUCUGUUAGGAGAGUAAACUCCCAGAUCUUGUUGGAAUGGGUAAAACAUUUGCAAUUAGCAGUCUAAUUGACUUCUGAAACAAAGCUUUAAUGGAGCUACAAUUUCCUUUACAAUAAAACAAGCCUCUCACCGAAAGCGUGGGCAUUCCAAGGUGGAAAGAAAAAAAAAUCAAUUACGAGCAACUUAUAAGGCAGUUUUCUUGUGCAGACAUUCAAUUAGUCAAUGAUAAAUUUAUGAUGUACAGCUUGGAAUUUUCUUCCUUUUUCAGCGGAAUACUUUGAUCAGAAAAGUAUUCAUUUGUCAAACUAUAAAGCACAUCCAAAGUUUACUAUCAUUUGACUCUGGAAUUAUCGCAAGCGACUUUUCUGUCCACUGAGGAUGUUUUAUCAGCAUAGGGGAGUUCAAAAUCAGCUGUUAUACUCUCUCGUUUGAUUUAAUCUUUGGCGGUCUUUUACAACUAAACAAAUGUGAACAAUAAGUUGCCACUUUUACGUUUAGCGGAGAUAAAAAACAAAGGAAAACUGUAAAAUCGUUGUUUAACGGAUGGCACGUUUCUGAGAGGUAGAACAAAUAUCACAGAAAAGAAAAAAAAAAUAAAACGAUCACGGAAUUCUCGAUAAUUUUUUUCCGUACACAGGAUAAACCUAUAUAUAGCCUGAUAAUCUUUUGACGCAAUUACAUCGUAAUUUGCAGAAUUUACAUUAAAUUUUCUAUAACUGUUUACGUACAGGAAUUUAUUGGCUUUAAUGAAGAUAUUGCUAGCUUUGCUCCAUCAACCAACUCUCUCAUAUUAGGCAAAUUUGCCCCGACCGGAGAGAAAUUCUUAUAUCUGAUAUCUAGUGCAAUGUUAAUAAAACUGAGUUAGACUUCUCUGGAAAGUUUUUGAUAAGAUUUGAGUAAGCGUGUUGAACACUUCGAUUACAAACCUUUGUCCCAUUAUAAUGCACGCGUUUUCCGUUUGAUUCAAAUAAGCUUUUGUUUUGUUGAGCGACGCCGACCUCGUGAACACAAAGGAUCUAACGCUUACUCAAAAGUUAUCUAAAACUAAGUCGGAUAUUCAUAAACAUGAAUUAGAAAAAAUAUUUGGUUCACACUCAAAGAAAGGCCCGUUUAAUUGGGUGAGUUAAAGUUUACAGUUCACAUAUUUUUUAAUCGGUAAUAAAAAUGCAAAGAACCUCAAUUAUUUAAAGACCCAAUUCCCACUUGGAUUAAGAGAGAACAAUAACUUGUAUUGGUAAAUUCGGCGUGGACGCGUUGAUUUGGCGUUAGCUUGUUUAUAGCUAAGGUAUAAGUCAGUUUACUCUUCAAAUUGUCAAGUGUUUGUUUGUUUGUCUUCUUGCCUAUCGUUACAGCCAAGUGUUAAACAUUAACGUUUCUUUUUUGUAGCCAAAGACGACUCCAUCGAGAAGCUGCAAAAAGAAAACAGGACACUGCAAGGCCAAGUCGAGCAGCUUAGAAUGGAAGUUCAGAAACAAGCCGUCAACUGGCAACAGAAAGCGAAAAUGGAAGCUGAGUAUCACGGUAUUGCUGACAAGUUGAAAGAAGCAGAGCUGAAGUAUCUGCUCACCAAAGAAGAGAAGGAGAAGGUUGAAAAAGAUUUGAAGAAUACCACCGAACGAAUGAUCAUGCUGCAAAAAGGACUCAGCGAUGCGCAAGCCUCGGUUAAAAUGAAAGAAGAGAAGAUGAAACAGCUGACGGCUGAGAAUUAUGAUUUGCGAUCACAGAUUAGGGAUAAAGACGAGAGCAUUCAUCGAGAGGAGAAACUGCGCAUGGAAAACAUGAAGUCUUUAGACACGCUGAAGAUAAAGUUGGAGAAGAUGGAAGGAGACAAUAAGAAGCAACGAGAAAGAUUGUUUAGUUUGAAAUCAGCGUGCUCAGAGGCAAACGAAGCGUACGAGAUCGUCAAGAAACAAAACUACGGGAUGAAGCGUGAGAUCGAAGAAGUGAAGAAAAAACUGAACGAAAAAGAUUCCGCACUAGAAGUUUCUGAGAAGGAAAAAGAAAAAAUGGAGGAGCAGAUUUUAAACGCGUCAAGAACUAUCGACGACCUGCGCAAAAGUUUCCGAGGAGAUGAAAGCAUUUCUCCGGAUUCUGCUCUAGGAGUUUCUUUAACAUCUGCUUUUGAGUUCAGCUCUGGCCCAAGCAGCCCCAACUCUGUUGCCUCAGAUAAUGCAUUCUCCGGUGAUGGUUUCGGCCAGGAAACUGGACUUCUAUGCAAGAUGCCGACCAUGAUCGAAAGUUUCCGUGCGGUUGUUCGAGAUAACGAAGUAUUGCGCGGGAAAUUGUGCGAAUUCACUGUGCUAAAGGAGAAACAGGAGAGCCAAUUGAAGCAUUUAUCGCAGAUGAAUGAAAUUCUGCAAAACGACGCUGGCAUAAAGGAGAAAAGUCUCAUUGGUCUCGGAGACAAAGUCAAGUCGUUGGAGGCCGAAACUCGAGAAGCUAAAAAUAAAGCUGUCGAGCUCGAGCGCAGUUUUGCCGUGGUAUCGACGCAGGCGGACCUCUUGAAAACAACUCUUGAGAAUCGCGAGAGGGAUUUUGCAGAGUUACAGGAGAAAAUUGACCUACAGGAAGAGAAAGAAAAAACCUUGGAAUUGUACUCCAAAUCUGUGGCAGAGAAGUUUGAGCAUGAAAGCAGUGAGAAAAAGAAAUACGAGGAACUUUCUCGACAGCUGCUGGAUGAAAGUACCCGUCAGAAAAACCGGUUUCAAAUCAUAGAAGAAAAGCUUUCUGCUUUGUCAAACGAUCAUGCUGAUAUUUUCCUUUCCGCGCCAAGUGGUGUUUCUAUAGCAACGACAGCUGAAGACAAAGUGGAUGUGCUGUUAAAGAAGAAGAGAGAUUUGGAGACGUUAGUGAGUAGCCUCCAGGCUGAGUGCACUGAUUUACAACUGGCGAACGGCGAACUGCAGAAGGAUUUAACACAAUACCAGGAAUCUGAAAAACGGUGGCAGGAACUCGAAGGCGAACUUAGAGCUUCGCGCAUUCGUGACGAGCUAUCCAAUGCUAAAGUCAAUAAGCUUGGAGAACAAAAGAGGUCUUUGGAAAAUGAAAACAAAGCCAUGGAAAAGGAUUUGGCCGAGGCGAGGAAGAAUGAAGAAAACUUGAAGAUCAAGGUUGACACCAUGAAAAAGAUCAAUUCGGAUCUAGAAAACGCCAAUGGAAAUUUCCAAGCGGAAAACGAAAGUUUGAAAGACGAUUUACGGCGAGCAGAUGAAGAAAGUUCAAAACUGGCAAACGAGCUGAAGUCGUUUGAAGUAAAAAUGGCUGAGAUUGAGAUAACAAAUGAUGCAUUCCAGGUCGAAAACGAGAAGCUACGGAAAGAUAUCAUGGCGUUAACUGAGGCAAAGUGUGGGGUGGAGUUGACGAUUUCUGAAGCUGAAAGACAGAUAAAGAAACUCAAAGAGUCCGCCGACAAGGAGAAAACAGACAGGGAAGCUAUGCAAACUGUGAAGAACGAAACUUUGAAGCAUUGUGAAGAACUGCAAGAUGAAUUGAACAAAGCGAAAAACCAUAUCGCAGCAAUAGAGGGGAAGCAGAAAGAAGCUGAAAAAUCAAUGGAAGAAAUGGAAAAGAGCAAGAUCGCUUCAUCCUCGGAGAUAAGAGGGCUUUCCGACGAACUACAGUUAGUCAAGAGAGACUUGUCGGAAAUGGGAGAACGGUACAAGAAAUCAGUUCAAGAGGAAGAAAAUCUGCAGCAGAAAUUAAACCUGGCUAACUUAGAUAUGGCUAAGCUGACAACUGCGCACCAAGGAAGUCUAAAGAGAAAUGAAGCGAUGGAAAAGAGCCUCCUCGAGUCGAAAGGUAAAAAUGAAGAGUUGGAUAUAUUGCUGGAAAAAACCCGUUUAGAGAAAGCGAGUGUACUCAGAGAUUGCAGCGUGAAAGAAGAAGUCAUCCAAGAGCUGCAAGCAAAGAAACAAGAACUUGAAGAUGAAAGGCAGAGUCUAACAAACGACUUGUUCGUUGCCACAAGAAAGGUGUUAGCGCAGCAACAGAAUGCAGAGAGCUUAAUCAAUGAGAUUAAGCAACAGAACCGCGAGAUGAAAGGAACCAUCAGAAAUGCUCUUAACAAAGAAGGAAGAGUCGCAGAGGAAGAAAAUUUCAGUCAAGUAGACAGCGAAACUAGUGUUUCAGACAAUGAGGCUCUAAUGCAGAGCUUGCGCCAAAGUAUCCGAGCUACAGAACGAAAUCUUGAUUUCUUCCGCUCGGAGGCCAAAGUACCCGAACACGAGACAAAGAGCUAUCAGCGAGACGUCGAUUUUAUCAACAAGGAGUUCGCGCUACUUCGAAAUCAGCUGUCCUUGUUUUCAACUACUUCUCAAAAGUUAUGCGUAGAGAUAAAAAAGCUCAAAGAAGAUCUGGCUCAGAAGGAAUCUUUGUUGGAAGAAAAGAAAGAACAGCACGCCCUUUUGAAAGAGGAAAAUCUGGAGAAUUGCGAAUCUAUAAUUCAACUACAGAACAAGUGCAGUGAGCUGGAGUCACUUUUUGGUGAAUACGAGAACAAAGCAGAAAAACAACACGCGGAGUUGAUGCGCGCGAACCAACAGCUAUCAACACUGGAUUCAAAUCUAACAAGAACCGAACAGAAAAAGACAGCUCUGGAGAAAGAACUACUGGUCUGUCACGAGAAAAUCUCGCAUCUAGAAGCAAGUGCGAGAGCAAUGAAAGAGGAAGCUCGGAACGACAAAAAGAAGAUUGCCUCGCUAGACGCCGAAUACAGCGAGAAGCAGACACUCAGUCGCGAGUUGGAGAAUACGGAAGCAAGUUUACGAGAACUCAGGAGCAAGUUAGACGAUGUCUUGAAAGAGAAAGAAGAGGCCAAAACUGAGUUGUGUACAAUAAGAGAGGAGCUGCGACAGGAUCAAGUCGAAUUAAAGAACACCCGUAAGGAGCUUGACAGUAUGAAAAAACAGAUGAAUUCGGAGAGGGACAUACGGCAAAAAGUGGAGCUGGACCUCAGUGAAAACACUGCGGUAUGCAAGACGUAUAGGAACAAUCUACAAGAUUUAGAACGUUCGAUUAGCAGACUGCAAGAGGAGAACUCGGACCUGGAGGAAAAAGUCAGUAUUUUAGAGACAACGGGAAACGCACUGAGAAAAGAGACGGAGCUACAGGCCAUUGAGAUGAAAAGACUUGAGGAAGAACUGGCGGAUAAGAACGAUCAGUAUACGAGUCUUUGCAAAAACCAUGAAGGGAGCGAGAAAGAGAGAAAGAAGUUAAUGAAUGAGAUGAUUGCCGCAGACGAGAAGAUUUCGAAGCUACAGGGAGCUUGUGAUGAGCUCCUGAAGGAGAAAGAAACGAGUUCCAGUAAAGUUAUGUCCCUUAAUGAGGCUUUAGAAGUCAUAAUCUCAAGCAACGAAGAAACUGCAGCCAGUUUGAAGAAUGAUUUGCUGCUAACGAAGAAGGAGCUUUCCGUGGCCACAAGUGCGCUGGACCGGCGACAAAAACAAUUGGAAGAGCUACAAGAAGAAUUGAAAAAGGACGAAAGCAAGAUCAAGUCGUUGGAAGAGAAGAAGCAGGAAGUAUUUGAGAAGUAUUGGGCUAGUCAAAACGAGCUAACGGAAGCCGAAGGAACCAUUCAAAACUUACGAGCAGAGAUCAGGGAACUAAAGGAGCAGAUUGCAUCAAGCGCGCAGAGGAACCAACACCUUCAAGAAACACUGCAAUCUGAAAGAGAAACAAACGAGAAAGAAGUAUCAGCAUGGAGCGAUCAGAUGACCAAGUUGAAAACACUGCAUCAGAAGGUAGUCGGAGAGCGUGGAAAUUUCAAGCAAGAGUUAGAGAUCACUCAGACAGCUCUAGCAAAGAUGGAAAACGAUCUAAAACAAACAAAUGACGUUCUAAGCGAAAAAGAGAAAGUUUUUGAGAAAGACAUUACCAAACGCAAUCAAGAGUUGGAAGAUUUGUCAAUGCAAAACGCAAACUUGAAGAACGAGCUGCAGAAGACCACAGAGGUGCUGGAAAAAACGCGCGCAGAAAGCGAUGAUCUGAAGGAGCGCUUGGAUAUCAAUUUAGAGAAGGUAGAGUGGUUGGAGAAGGAGCUCAAGGAACGAAAUACGGACGUAGAAGAUCUCUUGGCCGAAGCGCACGCAAAGCUUAACGUUGUACGCAAGAUGAAGGCUACGAACAGCGGCGAAUAUUUCGCAGAGCUGCCGUCAUCGGAAUUCAUGGCUAAAGAAGACGAGGAAGGGGUUGACGGGGGUGAUGCUCGCCCAGUUACACCAAUGAAUACUUCAAUGAAAGAUGUAGUGACCUCUCUCCAUGAAGCGUGCCUCUCGUCUUUUAACGACAACAGAGGACUUCAACAAGUGUUGGCUGAAAAAUCAGACGAAAUUGCUCGUCUGGACGAAGGUCUUCAAAAGGAGAAGAAUAACGCAGCUGAGAUGAAAAGAUACCUCCAUGAUUUGGAGAAGAAAAAAGGAAAAUUGGAAGACGAUGUUAAAAGAUUGCGAAGACGUCUUGAAGCACUGAAACUCAAAUGCGUGGAAAUGGAAAAGGAGAAGGAUAAUGAAAUCACUGACACUAAAGGAGAAAAGAUCGUACUGGAGAAGGAGCUGUGGGAUACGAAAGAGGCAUUAGAACAAACAAAGGCGCAGUUGAAAACCUCAGAAGAAGACAAGGAGAGAUAUUACAAGGAUCUAGAAGCCUCGCGAAGGCAGAUUGUUGAUGCCAAGAACGAAAUCAAAGGAAGUCAACAACAGCUUGAUGCACUUCAGGAAAACAUUUUGCAGUUAAAGCGAAGGACAUUUGAGCUGGAGGCAAACGAUAAAGCGCAAGGGCAAGUGAUUCAAGAAAAAGAUAAAGAACUUUGCAUAAAUCAAUCGAAGAUCCAAGAACUGGAAGAGAUGUAUGACAAUACCAAUGAGAAGAAAACGGAGCUCUAUGCGAAGCUUGCAAGAGCGGACGAACGGAUGGCCACGUUAGAGGAGGACUGCAAGGAAAAUAGACUGGAGAAAGCCAGCCUCGAAAAUCAAAUUGCAGACUUGAAAAACAACGUUGAUGACAAAACUUCGAUGUUAGAGAAAAUGAAGGAUGAUUUACAACAUUCGCGCGAGAAAUGCGAAGAACUUGAGAUCCAGAGUGGAAGUCUUCAAGCAACUAACGAGAUCUUGAAGCAACAACUAGACACCACGAAAAGAGAUAAUGCUCAAUACCAAGCCCUGCUUCAUAAGGAGAAAGAACUUAGCAACGCUUUCAACGGCCAACUGCGCGAGGUCAAAUGCGAAAAGGAGAGUCUCGAUCGCGAAUUGAAAGGAGUCAUUGAACAGAAGGACCAUAUAAAACAUUUGCUGAAUAGAUCAGAGGAACAACUGACAGCUGCAGAGCAAAAAUCCGUCAAUUCCUUCCACGAGGUUGAGAACCUCAAACGACAGAUGGUGAAGAUCCAGAGUGGUGCAUGCGCUGACUCGGCGCGGAAACAACUGGAGCUUGGUAAGCUGAAAGCUGAGUCAGAGUCGCUGAAGAAAGAGCUGAAAGAAAAAGAAAAAGAAUACAACGAUAACGUCACCAAGUUCAAAGUGACAGAAAAAGAAAACGAAUUCCUAAAGAAAGAUCUGAUGCAGAAACACAACCGGGAAUCGGAGUUGAAGCUGGAUCUAACAUCCACUAACAGCAAACUUCAGAGCUAUGUCAUCGAGAGAGAAUGCUGGGAGAGAGAAGUCAAGUCUGUAAUAAGUGAAAUGGAACAGCAGAAGAACGCCAGUCUGUCAAAGGAGGAAAGGCUUGAACGACUGCGCACGCGCUACGAGAAUGAGGUCAAGGUUUUACAAGAUCGCGUUGAGGCCCUGGAGCGAGAAGUUCGCAUUAUCCAGGAGGCCAGUGAACAACAACGACACGCGGAUGAAAUAGCAGCCAAGCUUGCAAUUGAGUCCAAAGACAUGGAGAUUGACAACCUGAAGCUUCGUCUCCAGGCAACUAGGAUGCAUACCAGCGAAAAAAGCGACGUGUUGGAGAUCAUGAAAGACCAGCUGGACGAGAGAACAAGACAGAUUGCGGAUCUAAUGGAGCAAUUACGGAUGUUGAAAGAGAGUUAUCAUCUUGAACUAGGGAGCCUACACGCAGACCUUAAGUGCGCCCAGAUGGAGAACAUGCUUCAGAAAAGAGGAGAGCUGGGAAACACCUCAGGAUCACGGCAGGAGGCUGAGCUUCUGGAGGCCAUUAAGCAGAGCAGAAAGGAAUCAGAGAGAUUGAGAAGUCUUCUGAAAGGCAAGAUGAAAGAAAUGAAAUCACUGAGAAAGCAUAUCCUCACCGAGCGAGUAAGUGGAGGGAGAAAACCCGGGUAUACAAUGUAUUAG